GUACAGACUUUCCAUUAUUCAAAUCGUACUUAUCACUACUAUAAAUUAUUUUUGAGCAAGUGUGCGGCACUCGAAACGUUAGAAUCGCCAACUUCUAUCGUCAUCAUACCCUUGCUUAAGAACAGGAAAGGAAGAAUAGCGGUACCCAGGAUUCCUUGCUCUGCCGCGGGCGUUACCGGUCGUACCCACUGCUUCAGCGGAAGGCUCCUGAACUACACGUCGUUAGGUUAAGUGCGUUCUUCCAGCAGUCCUCGGCAACACGUCUUAAUGCGCUGAAAAAUGCUGUGGUUUGGAGCGAUUCUCUUGGUUAUCUGCGCGGCGACUGGGCAGAAUGCAGGUCUUUCGACAGGCAGCUGUGCUUCUCGGAGUGACUGCGGCGGUUACCUCAGUCUCGCCCGUCGGAGGAGUGACCCUUCGUUAAAGCCUUUCUUUGACACAAACUUAGGCAGAGAGUUACUGGAUUUCACGACCAGAUGCUGCAAAUCACCCCUUAUCCCGUCUGAGCAACAGUGCGGCUUCCCAGAACCUUCAGGACGUCUGAGUGAUCUCCAGAGGCGUGGCGCGUGGCCGUGGUUUGCGUCCCUCAGCGCCACCUCCGGCAGCAACUUCCGGCCGAUUUCCGGAGGCAGUCUCAUCACGCGGCGCCACGUUCUCACGACUGGUCACACUUUGCUUGGACACAUUAGCCAGCAGCCGAAAUACGCCCGUCUUGGAGAAUACGACUUGAGUGUUGAGAACGACGCGCCUUACAUAGAGCUGGCGAUUUUACGAUUCCAGGAAGCGGGUUACAAUGCAGAUAAUACCAGAGACGUCGGUGUCAUCACCUUGGAGAGAGACGUCGUGUUUAAUGAUUUCAUACGACCAGUCUGCCUUCCCUUCAACUACAAGGACGAGGACUUCGUGAACCAGCACCUCGCCGUCGUUGGCUAUGGGCGCACUUCGGACGGCAAGUUAUCCAGCCUACCUGUAGCUGCUGUGGUCCCGGUGGUCGACCUGGCUACAUGCAGACAGAGGUAUAAAAACAAUCAUCGAAUCACAGACUCUGUUAUAUGUGCAGGGGGUUAUAACGACGCAUGCACGGGCGACAGCGGGGGGCCACUGCACUACUUCGACGUUAACUCCAAGAGAUUUUACGUGGUUGGCCUCGUGGCAUUCGGGGCGACUUUAUGCGGCCAGUCUGACUUACCCGGCGGCUACACGCGCGUUGGAGCUUUCCUCGACUGGAUUAAUGACGCAAUCAUCAGUGAUACUACUUGAAUUAAAAGUAUAUAUGGAGCUGUUUUA